AUAAAAGCGUAUUCUUGCAGUUGAUUAAAGAAGUUUGUGACGAGAUGCACAACUUAGAAAUUUUUCUUUUUGCAGUAAUAAUAGGAUGUGGUUCAAUUCCUUUCGUAUUGUCACAGGCAGAGGAAGUUAAAAUUGUGCGGGAUCUACAAGAUGAAUAUGCUGAGAAAAAUCCUUUUGGAACCAUUAGUACCAGAAUUAUUGGAGGUGAUGAAGCUGUAGAUUGUGAAUACCCUUAUCAAAUACUACUUGUUUGCUAUCAGAGAUCAGAACCACAAUUUCUUUGUGGCGGUAGUAUCAUAGCUAAAAAUUGGGCGUUAACAGCUGGCCAUUGUUACCUGGAGGACACAUUACUAGGUGGACCUAUAAGUUAUUUAAUUGAAGCUGGUUCAGUAAGAAGAGAUAAUCCACGUCAGAGUUUCUUUGUGCCAAAUGAAAAUGCCUUCCGUCAUCCUUUGUACAAUGAAACUACUUUGGAAAAUGACAUCACCUUAAUUAAGACGCCAGAUUUUGACUUUUCAUCCUGUCAUAUUGGCUGUAUUGACAUAGUGUCUGACAAUUGGACACCAGCUUUUUAUAACGAUAAAGUUAUGACUGUAUCAGGUUUUGGAUUAACAUCAAAUGAUGGUUCGGUUUCUGAUUAUCUAAAGUGGACAAAACUGACCGUAAUCACGAGACAAGAAUGCCUUAGGAAUUUUAGAGCUCCACCUAUAACGUGCUACUGUGCUGUGGAUCCAAUUCAGCCAAUAAGCUCUGUUUGUUCUGGAGAUUCUGGCGGUCCAGCCGUAAUGAUGGUGAAUAAUAAGUUGGUACAAAUUGGAAUAGUCUCUUUUGGAUCGAGUAGGGGAUGUGAUACAGCUCCGCAGGGUUUUGUAAACCUUGCCGUAUAUCAUUGUUGGAUUUAUGAAAUGAUGCGGAACAAAGGACUUGAGCUUUUUUGUAACGAGAUGUACUACUUUAGAAUUUUUCUGUCAGUUACAGUAAUAGGAUGUGGUUCAAUUACUUCGGUAUCGUCACAGCGAGUUACAACUGUACGGGAUCUGCAAAACGACUAUGGUGAUAAAUAUCCUUUUGGGACCAUCACAUCAAGAAUUAUUGGUGGCAAUAAUGCUGAGGAUUGUCAAAUCCCUUAUCAAAUACGCCUUAUUUGUUACGCUGGGGAUGUUCGACAGUUUAGAUGUGGUGGUAGUAUCAUUGCAAAAAAUUGGGUCUUAACAGCUGGUCAUUGUUACAAAGCCGACGAAGUUCUUCUUGACCCAAUAAAUUAUGUUAUCGAAGCUGGUUCGGUGAUAUCAGGACAACCACGACAGAGUUACACUGUAACUAAUGAAAAUGCAUUCUUGCAUCCUAUGUACAAUUUAACAACUUUUUUAGAAAAUGAUAUUGCUUUACUCAAGAUGCCGUCGGAUUUUGACUUUACAACUUGUCACGUAAACUCUAUAAAGAUUGUCUCUUACAACUGGACUCCAGCAUUUUAUGUGGGAAAACGUAUGACUGUAUCAGGUUUUGGAUAUACAUCAAAUACUGGUCCAGUUGCUGAGCAUCUACAGUUUACAAUCUUAACAGCAAUUACGAAAAAAAUGUGCGAUAGAAGCUACACAGAGGCAUUACCUUUAUCGUCAUUUUGUGUUCAGGAUCCAGAUCCAGAUCAGCCAAUAAGCUCUAUUUGUUCUGGAGAUUCUGGCGGUCCAGCCGUAAUGAUAGUGAAUAACAAGUUGGUACAAAUUGGAAUAGUGUCUUAUGGAUCAGAUAAUGGAUGCGAUACAGCUCCGCAGGGUUUUGUUAAUGUUGCUCUUUUUCAUUGUUGGAUUUAUGAAACGAUGCAAAUGCACGGAGUAUCAUUUUGAUUAAAAUAUUAUUGCUUUUUGUCUUAUGGAUAUUUCAAUAAAAAUUGGAUUAGUAAAAA